UGAUACGGCAGGUUCUUACGUCACAAAAACUGACCCAAUAAAAAUUGCGGAUAUUCAUACUGUAACAAUAACAAUGGCAAGGUGUCACGAUGAACAAAUUUUAAAAAUAGUUUUUGAUGAA